UCGUGUCAACGCACCUCGCGUUUUUUAUUUAAAUUCGCGUUUUUAAUUUGUUAUCUUUACAGUCGCCGUUUCGCGCCCGGCUUGAAUGAUACCGUUGAUUCGUUGAAUAGCAAAAGCUUAAUAGCUACUAGAUUGUUGGUGGUUACGAUUACGAUGCUAUUUCGCUACACGCAAAUGCCGCCUAGGUGAAUAUAGUGAAUAGUAAUACCAGUUCAAUUCCCAAUUUGAAUUGCCAAUUGUGAUCACUAUCUCGAUUGGGAUUGCCACGCGGCGCCGGCGAUACCCAUCGAAGCACCGUAUAAAUAUAGCGCUACGGUAAUAAAUCAAGUAUUAAUCUUAAUUGCGUACUGAAAUACAUGAAAUAUCAAUUAAACCACGUAGUGUAAUAACGUAAUAUUUGUGCUGGAAUAUUUGGGACAAUUUUAAGAUUAACAAUUAAGUGAGGACAACAUGUUAAAAAUACGAACAAUGCUGGAGCUGUGGAGGAAACGAUUGGACAUCUCGUCUAUGAGCUUCAAGCACGAGGAUCCCACCAUCUUUGCGCGCAGCCAGUGGCAGAGGAAAAAAGACCCGAAUGCAUUCUAUCUGGCGUAUCGGGUUGUAAUCACGACGUAUUUGGUGAUUGCUUGGAUUUUAUCCAUGAUAGAUUCAGAUAAUCUGCAUGAACCUUAUAUUUUUCAUCUGAAAUGGUUGAUUUAUCUGACUAACUGGGGAUUCACAUGUUGUGUAUUGCAAGCAUUGGUUUGUACCAUUAUGCUGGUGGCGAGAUAUGCGAAAAUGCGACGGGGUGGACUCAAUUCUGAUCCGGAUCUUGUGCCUAAUGUACGCCUGUAUAAAAUCUACUGGUUUUGUUUCACUAUUAGUGUUGACCUUGGGAUUGCAAUCACUUUAUUGUAUUGGAUUGUUAUAUUUAAUCCUGAUAAAAUGGAGAUUGAUUAUCUGAACAUCCUGGUCCAUUGCACCAAUAGCAUCGCAAUGGUGAUAGAAUUGUCAGUGGUUGCACAUCCGGUUCGUCUUGGUCACUUCUACGUACCUGUGACAUCCGGUUUUGUCUACACACUCUUCAGUUUCUUCUAUUAUCUAGCUGGUGGUACAUCAAGAGUUGAUGAACCCUACAUUUACCCACCUGUAGACUGGCGUAAACCCGGCCAAGCUCUCCUCGUAUGCUUCGGAGCCUGUAUCCUCUUGAUGGUCAUCCAUGUUGUGACCUAUGGUGCCUACCGCCUUCGCCUCGCCAUCGCCAAACGUAUAAAACUCACCGAUGACGAAGCCACUAUCCCCGUUGAAGAUCAAUUCCGUGGGUUUGAUAAUAACUGCCUAGCCAACGACACAGUCUAGUCCCGUAGUGCUUCGUUUGGUUAUCCGUCCAAUAAUCAGUAUUAAUCUCUAGUAUAUCCACACACCAUUUUAAUUCUACUAUGCAAAACCAAAGCAAUUCAAGUCAAGUUUUACCCUACUACGUAAGAGAGUGAUAAAAAGUCUGUAAAGUUCCUUGAAGUUCAUCAUAGUCAUUAGAACCUAAAUAAGAUAAGUAAGAUAACUAGUGUGAUAGAUUGUUGACUUUUGAAAUGAGACCUAUAUAAGCGUUAAGUAAUGAUUAAUAAAGUCGUAGUUGAGUUACAUCACAA